AUGUUGACGCCAAAGGCCGAAAACGCCUUUGGCGAGUACAGCGGCAUAGCCUGCAGUGGCUUGGCCAGCGGCGUCCGCGGGCCCACAGUGGAUGUGACCGAAGCAGUGGACCUGGCAGACAAGGGCGGCAGCCGCUCGGCCAGCGCCAGCUCAACGUCGUGGAACAGAUCAACAGUCAGCGGCAAAUCAAGCUUGAGCGCCACCACGGGCUUAACCCUUUUGACCUCCUCUACGUACAUGUGGACGUCGUCGUCAGAUGCCAGGCUAAUAACAUCGUCGAUGGCCUGGACCUCGGCCUCAUCGAGUCCCGGCAAGCUGGCACUACCGCGUUGCAUUGAUGUCGGUGACUGUGAGUACAGUGUGUCGGGCCGCAGCGGCGAGCUGGGUGUCACGCUGAUGCCCAGGCCGCUGGCUGCUGGUGGCAUCUCGGGAAUGUACGUUGACCACCGCCCGCUCUUGGUGUUCAGCCCUACGGCCUCGCGCAGAAUCGAGUCGACGCGCGUCAGAGACUGUACAUGGAUGUCGCGCCACUCGCUGUACUGCUGCUUAUGCAUUUUUUGCAUUUCCGUGCGCGGCCGUGGCGAUACUUGCGAGGUGUUUGGUCGCAACUUGCUGGCCCCCCUCUGGCCUCUUCUCCUCGCUGCUGACUCUGGUAGCUGCCCAGUUGUCACCGGCCGUGUCAGUGACCCCACAUCAGCGUCUGCCACCACUGUUGCCUCCGAGACCAAGACCGCUGGUAUCCCCGAAACUGCUGUUGCCAUUGGCCCCUCUACCGUGUCUGAUACCACCUCUGGAAUUGGUGUAUCUGGCUCCAAUGACUGUGGUGACUCCACGGGUCCUGCUCCACGGCCUCCGACUCUGCAGAUGCCUCUGCCGAUAGUGUUGCAGCCAGGUGUACUGCAGACUCCCUCCUCGACGCCUUGA